CAUACUCGUUUGUCUCACUACUUUUUACGUAGUAACAAUGGUGCAAGACAUAGAUCCCUUUUCGGUAGCGCGGGACUUGUUCCCGGACAUGCCUCCUGGCUUCCCUUUUGAGAACUUUGAACUCGAGGAGCUUAUCUUGCCAGAUGGCGAUGACUUGGGCAUUAAGAGUGAUGACGAUGAUAUCAAGGAGGAGGAUGUGCAGACGCAGUCUGGCUUUGGAUCGUGCAUCGUUAUCCAAAACCUGCCCAAGGCGCCGGAGGAGAAGUAUGAGAAGCUCAUGAACGUGGUCCGCACCAUUGCCAGCAAGCUGGGAGACGUACGCGACAACGGGAUUUUCAUGCCUCUUGACGAGGCGACAAAGCUCACGAAGGGAUUUGCGUUCGUGGAGCUGGCGCGCAAGGAGGAUGCCGAUGCGGCUUUGCUCGAUGAGCGCUUCAUCAACGGCUAUCAGCUUGACAAGAACCACAAGCUGACGCUGUGCCGGUUUGACGACUUUGACAAGUAUGCCAAGGUGCCGGACGAGUACUCCCCCUUGGAGCCAGCUCCUUACAAGCAGCCGGAGAACCUGCACAGCUGGCUGGCAGACAAGCUGGGGCGCGACCAGUACGCGAUGCGCCACGGCGACAACACCAUGGUCUGCUUCAACGACGGCAAGCGCGGCCGCGCGGAUGUCGCCUUCCAGCGCGAGUACUGGACCGAGUCCUUCGUGCAGUGGUCUCCGCAGGGCACCAUGCUCGCCACCAUGCACCGACAGGGUAUGGCGGUGUGGGGCGGCCCCUCCUUCACGCGCCUCAACCGCUUCGCGCACCCCAACGUGCGCCUGAUCGACUUCUCGCCCAACGAGAAGUACAUCUUGUCAUACACCAGCCAUGAGCCCGUAAGCGCGCGGGACUCCUUCCACGUGCUCAUUAACAUCUGGGACGUGCGCGCCGGGAAGCUCCUGCGCAAGUUUGAGGGCCCCGCGGACGAGUACGCGGUUGGAUCCUCCGCGGGCCCCAACGGCGCGCUCAAAUGGCCGGUGUUCAAGUGGGCUGGCGGCCGCGACGACCUGUACUUUGCGCGCCUGGGCCGCGGCAAGAUCUCGAUCUUUGAGUGCCCGCACAUGGGCCUGCUGGGCAAGGAGUCGCUGAAGCUGGACGGCGUGCAGGACUUCGAGUGGAGCCCCUCGGAGCCGCUGCUGGCGGCCUACUCGGCGGAGCAGGGCAACCAGCCGGCGCGCAUCGUGGUGUAUAAGAUCCCCGAGCGCAUCGAGCUGCGCCAGAAGAACAUGCUGAACGUCAGCGACGUGAAGCUGUACUGGCACCCCCAGGGCACCUACCUGGCGGUCAAGGUGGAGGCCUGGACCAAGACCAAGAAGUCCACCACCACCAGCUUCCAGAUCUUCUGCGUCAAGGACAAGGACGUGCCGCUGGAGGUGUUUGAGCUGAAGAACAACAAGGAGCGGGUGAUCAACUUCGCGUGGGAGCCCAAGGGACACCGGUUCGCGGUCGUGCACGGCGACGGACCCCGCCCCUCCAUCUCGUUCUUCACCAUGCGGGACGACAAGAACCGCCUGGGCGUGCGCGAGCUGAAGGUGCUGGACAACCGCGCCUGCAACGUCAUCAGCUGGUCGCCGCAGGGCCGCAACAUCGUGCUGGCGGGCCUCAAGAACUUCAACGGCCAGCUGGAGUUCUUCAGCGUGGACGAGAUGGAGACCAUGGCUACCGCGGAGCACUUCAUGGCCACCGACGUGGAGUGGGACCCCACGGGGCGCUACGUGGCGACGGUGGUGUCGCACGUGCAGCAGAUGGAGAACGGAGUCAACAUGUGGUCGUUCGGAGGGCGGCUGUUGUACAGCACGCAACGCGACAAGCUGUACCAGUUCAGCUGGCGGCCCCGCAUGCCCAGCCUGCUGCCGCCUGAGAAGGAGGCGGAGAUCGCCAAGAACCUCAAGCAGUACACGAAGCGGUACGACGAGGAGGACGAGCAGCUGCUCAUGCAGGCCGACGCCGACGUGCUGCAGGAGCGGCAACGCGCGCUGGACGAGUGGAAGGCCUUUGUGGAGAGCCGCCGCAACUACGCGGCGCUGCAGCUGGACUUCAAGCGCGAGCUGUACGGCGCGCGGUUCGCGGAGAAGGAGUUCUCCAUCCAGAAGGUCAUGGUGGAACAGGUGGUGGACGUGAAGGAGGAGCCGUACAACAACAAGUAAAGCGGCGGUGCUGGGCGGGUCUUUUGCCUAGGUGGCGGUGGGGGGUGCGGAGGGCGUGUGGGGGGUAUUAGGAGGAGAUGGUUUCUGCGGGUGGUUUGGGGCUUGCAGGGGGAAAGAAAAUGUCGGAAUACACACACAGACAGCGCCGGGGGGAGUAUAUGGAGGAGGGUGCGCCGGUCCGUUGAGCCCGCAACAGUAGCUGUAUAGAUAUGCUGGGAAGGAGGAGGCGGAGGUCAUGUUAGGCAGGUACAUGCAGGCUGGCGCCACGUGGGGUUUGCGCCGCCGAGGGGGUCAUCAGUUGCCCCUGGUUAUCGACUUGUACCGUUGGGGCGGAACCAUUCUCUCGCUGUGCUGAUUGCAUGUCAGGUGCUUUCGGCAACACGAGUGUGUAGGGCCUGGUGGCAUGGUUUGCAGUGGCCUGCGGUCCUGCUGCCGAGGUCAUCAAUAGCAAUAGCGUACUGGGGUUGGGGUUACAAACGCUGAAGGUGUUGACGGCGUGUGGGCACGGUUGCUUUCAGACGCAACAUCUGGAGUGUUGGGAGGUGGCAACAUACGUUGCACACGGGGUUAGGUGUGUGGGGUGCACGGGCAGAGUAUGUUCCUGGCGAGAUAAUUCGGUAGAAAGGUGUUGCGAACAGCUUUUCGCGGCAGGCUGGAUCCUUUAGGUAGCUGGCAUGGAUGAAAGCGGCUGUUGGGGUUAGGGGCUUAGUAAUGAUUCGGCUGAGCGCUGAAGCUUAAGGGAUUAGAUGGGUAGGCAUGCGCAGGUGCGUUGAUCUUUACGAAUGACGGAUGUAGGCACAUUGCGAUGACUAAAAGCGACAAACAUUUCUGUCAUGGCCUAGAAGGCCGGUACUUAUUGCAAGUAAUGCAAGUGCCUGCAUUGUUCCUUCUUGGGAGUGUGUAGUUCCCACGCGGUGAGCAUAUGACAAGUAGUCUUAUUGCAGCAAGGACUAUAAAUAUAAACACCUCUUGAGUCCAUAGUUCACCUUGCAAUGCUUGGACAUCGCUCAGCGCUAUGGCAAAGCAGGCAGCACAGCUCGCGUGGACAAUGCCUACGCCAUGCUCCUACAAAACACCGCCGAACACUUUGGAAGUCGCGAGCGUCAGGAGAUGACCUCCCACCUGUGACACGCCUAUCAGCGGAGGAUGCCUGCAAGCUACUUGAUGUUAGCACUAGCGCAACCUUUGAGGAGAUAGUGCAAGCGAAGAAUCGCAAGCUUUCCGCAGCAGAUGGAGAUAUGGACAAGGUUGUGGCUAUCGAGAAUGCUUACGACACCCUCUUCAUGCGCAGCAUGAAGAAACGCAUCUCCGGUGAACUGGAGGUGUCCACCAGUGUACGCUAUGCGGAUGUGCCCGCCGCACCCAAGCGUGGGAGCGCCGUCAAAGCAACGAAGCAAGCCACCGCCGGCAGCAGCAGUAGCGGCGGCGCGCCCUCCCUCAAGUCCCCGGCUCCCCGCCUGCCCCCAGGCGGCCUGCCCGUGGGUCUGGCGCUGCCUGCCAGCCGGCGGGUGGCCCUGGUGCAGGGCGGUGUGUUCGCGACGUGCGGGCUGUGGGCGCUGCUGCAGGCGCUGCUGGAGUCGCCCGAGGCGCAGCUGGGGGACACGGCGGGGCUGCAGGUGGCGGUGGCGCUGGGGUACUCGGUGUACAGCAUGCGGGAGGACAAAAAGAUGGGACUAGGCAAGGCGACGGCACUUACGCUGGGGUGUCUGAUUGCGGGGGCUCUGGUGGGCACGGGUGUGGAGGGCUGGCUGAGAGUGGACAUCGUGCCCAUCGGGAGCUUCAGCUCCCCCGGUGUGUUCGUGUCGGAGGCGGUGCUGCUGCUGAUGGGGCUGGGCUGCGUGUUCCUGGUGUGAGGGCACACGUGGCGGGAGGGGAGGCAGCGGGUGUGAGGCAUUGCAGCAUUAGUGGCGAGGGAGAUACAGUGCGCGGGUCAAAGGUGAGGGAGAUGAGUAGAGUUGGUAGAGGCUGUAGCGACGAGAAGCCGCCUGGUGUGAAGCGUGGUGCGUGAGGGUUUCUUGGAGUAGGUGCGGUGCUGGUGAGGGCAGCGUGUGCAGGCUAUGUCUUCAUAACAGAGCGGUGGGAACGAGCGAGGCAUGUGGAGAGGCCAGUUGCAGUUGCGGAAAUGGAGAAAGCAAGGUGGCUGGCGGGAAGGGGUGAGUGCGGAGAGAGGGACCCUGCGAAGGCGAGGGAUGUUGUGCUGCCCGGCGGCUGUUGGUGGGAUAUCAGGUGCAGGGGGCUGUAUUACCCUGCAACUGGCGCGGCUCCUUUCCGUCAAGCGUCUAACAGCGGUAGUGUGGAGUGUGGAGUCGAGGAAGUAACAUAGUAACAUACGAAGACAUGGGUAUAAGCAUUAUAUGAGGGAUGAUAAGGCUCUUGUAUGCCCUUGUGUACAAAUAACUUGUGAGGCUGUUGUGCAAGUCAUAACCCUGAGGUCAUUGAGGAGUGGUGUGAGAGGCGCUUGGUGGCACAACCCGAGGUUCGUGUGUCAGGUCUCAGGGAACGAGGCUUCAGGACAUAGAGCUGUUUCGAGAGAUCGAGGCACACAACAACGUUUAGACUACUAGAGGUGUUGAUGCUUGAGGGGUGUUGCCCGUGAGAACAGACUCAGUCGUCUUUGCGGCUACCGGUUCACGUGCUGUACGAAUCCCUUUCUUGCUGAAGUUUAUAAUCCCUUUGUUCCAGGGAUGCCUGAUCUCCAAGGUUGGGCUAUGGUGUCGUACACACUUUAGUUUCAGAACCAACCGGCAAAAACUUAAUCCGACGCCACAUGUAACAUCCCGGCAUACG